CCCGAGCCCGAGCGAUGAGGUGGUCCAGAUCGUGCACGGGGACGCAGCGGGGGACCCGACGGUGGUCACCGUCAGCUGCCCGAACAAGACCUGCCUGGGCUGCGACCUCUGCCGCCUCGUCGUCCUCUUCGGCCUCAACGUCCACAAGGGCGACAUGAGCACCGACGGCCGCUGGUGCUACAUCGUGCUCGGGGUCGCCGCCUCGCGCCGGGCCGGGCCGUGGACUGGGACGUCCUCAAGGAGCGGCUGGUGGAGCUUCGUUCGCACCGCGCUGGAGCAGACCCGCCUCCGCACCGCCCUCACGCCCCACCCCUCGCAGGAAAAGUUCAGGCUCAUACGAGCCAACGACGAUGCGACUGUUUUGGAUGCUCUCUCCUUCAGCGCUCGUAAAAUUAGACUGCUUCACAGCUUGACGGUUGAGAAGAAAAACUAUGUUCAGAUCGAGGAGGAGCCCUCUUUGGUCGACAUGCACGAGGAGGAGGAAAUUGUCUCCCCACACAAGGAGGAUGCCUGAGCUGACCAGGAGGACACCCUCGUCCACCCCGGCCACCACACAAGGGCGAGGCCGGUGAUGUCCGUGCGGUGAUGUCCCUGGGGUGGCGCCACUGUGCCCGGCGCUUUCCCUGGUCGCUGCGGUGGUGCUUCGGCGGCUUCCAGACCCUCUCCUCGAUGUGGUGAUGGUCACACCACAGCCGUGGUGUGGCUGAGCCUGUGCUACGGUUACAACCUUCCUCUGGUUGAAGGCGCUAAGGUGUUGGAGACGUGCGUGUACUUGUUGAGCGUUUUAUCUGUAGAGUGCUAUACUGUGAUUGGUGUAAUAUUAUAUGGUUAUAUUGUGAUUGGUGGAAUGUAAUAAACUUGAUUGGUACAUCGGUGAUUUGGCUGUUAUUUGAAUAUAUUUAAAUGUGUUCUCUGAUUGGUA